AUGAUUACUUCCAAAGAUGUCCUGAGAAAAAAUUUGAAGAUGGUUCAUGGCCAUCCCAUGAUUUAUGCUUUUGUGGACAACUGGGAAAGAAUUGAACAGUUCCACAGCAGGCCAGAUGACAUGGUGAUUGCCACUUACCCCAAAUCAGGUACCACGUGGGUAAGUGAAAUCGUGGACAUGAUUUUAAAUGAUGGAGAUGAUGAAAAAUGUAAGCGAGAUUUUAUAACUGUGAAAGUUCCAAUGUUGGAGAUGGCUGUCCCUGGACUAAGAAUAUCAGGAGUAGAACAAUUAGAGAAGAAUCCAUCACCCCGGCUUGUGAAGACACAUCUGCCGAUUGAUCUCCUUCCUGAGUCUUUUUGGAAGAACAACUGCAAGAUGAUUUAUCUGGCUCGAAAUGCCAAGGAUGUUGCAGUCUCAUAUUACCAUUUUGACUUGAUGAAUAAUUUGCAACCUCCUCCUGGCACCUGGGAUGAAUAUCUAGAGAGAUUCAUGGCUGGAAAUGUGGCCUAUGGUUCCUGGUUUAAUCAUGUUAAGAGCUGGUGGAAGAAAAAAGAAGAACACCCAAUACUUUUCUUGCACUAUGAAGAUAUGAAAGAGAAUCCAAUGAAGGAAAUCAAGAAGAUUGCUACAUUUUUAGGGAAAAACCUAAAUGAUGACAUCUUGAAUAAGAUCAUCUAUGACACCUCAUUUGGAAUGAUGAAGGACAACCCUCUGGUGAAUUAUACACAUGUACCAAGUACAGUGAUGGAUCAUAGUAAAUCCCCAUUUAUGCGCAAAGGGGUUGCAGGUGACUGGAAGAAUUACUUCACAGUGGCCCAAAAUGAGAAAUUCGAUGCCAUUUAUAGGAAGGAAAUGUCUGGAAGUGGUCUUCAGUUCCGCACCGAGCUUUGA